AUGCUGGUUGAUGAGUCACAAGAAAUACUAAAUAAGCUUGUCUCAGAUUUAGGAUGGACUCAUGAGUUUCUUUCGCAUUCAGUCGAAUAUGGAAGAUGCUCCUACUCACGGAAUCAUUGGGUUCCUGUAAAGUCUCUCACAACACACAAUCAUUAUUGCUCAUUACGUGAACAAGGUUUCGUUAAGGAAGAGAUAGAUGUCAUGAUACCCAAUUCUAGUAUAUGUACGGCUGAAUGUACUCAACCUACAUGUGAUUGGACAAAUGAUCCAUCUUGGAUUAUGAAUAUGCAGGCAUUUUCCACAGAUAAAUCUCAUCGGUCAUCUAAUAAUUCAUCACAAGAUGUAUCUAAAUUAGAAGUUUUAUCUAUGAUGAGAGAUGCAAAACGACGUCGUCAAAGCUAUAGAGGAAUACAUACUGCAAGAAAAUCUUAUACUGAAAUAUUACGUGAAAUUAUAGCGCAACAAACUGAAAUGUUGACAGCCAGUCAAGAAUUGUCGGAACAACAGUCUGAAGAUAGAAGAUCUAGUAGUGUAGAAUCACAUUCAAAUCCAACUGAAGAUGUUCAUAGAAGUCACUAUACGCACAAAUAUAAAACACUGGAUACUUCACGAAUACAACGCUAUUCUCCUUCCGAUUCUCCAUCAUCAUCAUCAUCAACAACAACUCGACGGUACAAAGAAACUUAUAGAAAUACAUCCAAAUCAACUUUAAAGCAUACACAUCAUCAAUCAUCGAAAUGGAAUGAUAGAAGACAAUCAUCAUCAGCAUUAUCGCCAUCAUCACCAUCAUUAUCAUCUAAACAUAGGACUUCCAGUUCAGAGAUAAACAAACGUUUUCAUCAUGAUAAUGAUGUUGUUUCUCCGGUACUUAAAAAGUUGAAAAAACACAAAAAACAUUCUAAACAUAAACAUAAACAUAAAAGUAAGAAAAUUGCAAUGGAUCAAUCUCUUAUUGACAUAUGUGUAUCCUGUGCGAAUUGUCUCAAUAUUGUCAAUUUAGACCCUGAACAACAUACAUUCCAUAUGAGGGCUUGUCUUGUGACGCAGUUGGGUGCUUUCCUCAAUGUGUGUCCUAUCCACUUCCAGCACUUCUUCCUGAUUUCUUCUUCCGCUGAGAUCUGGUUUGUUCUCUCCCACAAUUACAAAUAAAAGUACACUUCUAUUAUUUAUUUAU